CGCAACGAUUCACAUGGCUCAACACUCAUCCUUGGGCUACCGUACAGUAUCCCGUAGUCGCAGGACUUCCUUGCCUCUGAUCUUCCACUCCAAAUCAUCCCAGCAUGUCUGACGUGGUCACACCUCUGGUUGAACACAAUGCUUCGAACCACAAAUCCUAAGCGCUUCGAACACUUUUGGUCCAACACAGCGCACGAGAAGCAGCAGCAGAUGGAUGCAAAAUUCUCCCUUGUUUAUACAGUACAGGUCGGCAGAGGUAGCAUACUUUGCGUAAUUAUCUCCCUGCAACCGAGGCGCACUGGGCUCUAUCUCCGUGGUCGCAAGCAAUGUACAAUGUCGUCAGCUCCGAAGAUGCCGCUGUCUGACUGCAACGCUCGGGUUCGUGAUCAUGGCGCCGCUGCUGCGCCAUCAUACAAGGUGAUUCCAGGCGUAGUCAAGUAUUUGUAGGCUGUGUUAAGAACACGAGAAGACCGAAUCAUUGCUGUCGUUUGCUGACUGAUGGUCGUGUGAGAUCUGGUGAGCAUUGGGUGAACUCGAACAUGCCCCUCUUCGUCAUACGUGGGGCACUGUCACCCCGCGGUCGAUAUAUGACUACCGAAACUGCAACUUUUUCUCGUCGUACAU